AUGGACGUGCUAUUCGAUAACAUCUACAACAUCAACAAACGUCAUCACGAUAUCCUGAGGGAAGUCAUGUGUGGAUUGUACAUGAGACCUGAGCAGCUCCAGUCGAGACUUGAUCUCCUGGCCAAAUAUGACAUCACGUUCCGCAAGUUGGAAACUGUCACUUACGCAGCAAGCUUGAUCGUAGCACAAAUGUCACUCGUGCAUGAGUGCUAUCGCGGAGUUCUUAAAGAACAGCUGCGAGACAGAGGUGCUCUAGACUCCACAUUGCUACCACCAUCAACUAAAGUGACUCCAGCUGCACCGCAACUCCCCAAGCCACAGAAGAGGAAGCCUGAACCCAAACCACAGCCGGUACAGCCAUCUCAACCGGCCUUCAACUUUUACAGCACACUACCACCUGCAAAAGGCGUUUGA